CGUCCGGGCCACUGUCCCAGGUCCGGCCGCGCGCCAUGGAGUGGCGCUGGCCCCUGGGGCUCGGGCUGCUGCUGCUGCUGUUCUGCACCCCGCUGCCCCCAGGGGCUCGCGCCAAGGAAGUCACUCUGAUGGACACCAGCACCGCACAGGGAGAGCUGGGCUGGCUGCUGGAUCCCGAGGAUGGGUGGAGUGGGGUGCAGCAGAUGCUGAAUGGAACACCGCUGUACAUGUACCAGGACUGCCCGGUGCAAGGAGGCGGGGACACCGACCACUGGCUUCGUUCCAAUUGGAUCUACCGCGGGGAGGAGGCUUCGCGCGUCCACGUGGAGCUGCGGUUCACCGUGCGCGACUGUAAGAGUUUCCCCGGGGGAGCCGGGCCUCUGGGCUGCAAGGAGACCUUCAACCUUCUGUACAUGGAGAGUGACCAGGACGUGGGCGUUCAGCUCCGACGGCCCAUGUUCCAGAAGGUCACCACGGUGGCUGCCGACCAGAGCUUCACCACUCGAGACCUGGUGUCGGGCGAGGUGAAAAUGAACGUGGAGCACUGCUUACUGGGCCGCCUGACCCGCCGCGGCCUCUACCUCGCUUUCCACAACCCGGGGGCCUGUGUGGCGCUGGUGGCCGUGAGGGUGUUCUACCUGCGCUGUCCCCAGGCUGUGCAAGGCCUGGCCCAGUUCCCGAACACCCUCCCCGGACCCACGGGGCUGGUGGAAGUGACGGGAACCUGCUUGCCCCAUGCCCAGGCCAGCCCCGGCCCCUCGGGAGCACCCCGCAUGCACUGCAGCCCCGAAGGCGAGUGGCUGGUGCCGGUGGGGAGCUGCCACUGCGAGCCUGGCUAUGAGGAAGGCGAAGAGGGGUGCCUUGCCUGCCCAACCGGCUCCUACCGGGCCGACGUGGACUCACCCCAUUGUCUCGAGUGCCCCCAACACAGCACGGCGGAGCCUGAGGGGGCCACCCUCUGCACCUGUGAGAGCGGCCACUACCGAGCCCCCGGGGAGGGCCCGCAGGCACCGUGCACGCGUCCCCCUUCCAUCCCUCAAAACCUGAGCUUCUCUGUUUCGGGGACUCAGCUCUCCCUGCAUUGGGCACCCCCAGCAGAUAUGGGGGGGCGCCAGGAUGUGAGCUACAGCGUGGGGUGUUCUCUGUGUCACGGAGCAGCGCAAGGCGAAGGCCUCUGCCAGCCCUGUGGGGGGAGUGUGCACUUCUCCCCUGGGGCCAGUGGGCUCACCAGGCCUGCUGUGCGCAUCGAUGGCCUUGAACCCUACACCAACUACACCUUUCACGUCGAAGCCCACAAUGGGGUGUCGGGGCUGGGCAGCUCCAUGCCCGCCAGCGCCUUGCUCAGCAUCGGCAUGGGGCACGCAGAGUCUCUGCCAGGCCUGUCGCUGAGGCUGGUGAAGAAGGAGCCCAGGCAGCUGGAGCUGACCUGGGACGGGUCCCGGCCCCGCAGCCCCGGUGGGAACCUGACCUAUGAGCUACACGUGCUGAACCAGGAUGAAGAAUGGCACCAGAUGGUGCUAGAACCCAGGGUCCUGCUGACCGAACUGCAGCCAGACACCACGUACACCGUCAGGGUCCGGAUGUUGACCCCGCUGGGCCCUGGCCCUUUCUCCCCUGACCAUGAGUUUCGGACUAGCCCACCAGUUUCCAGGGGCCUGACUGGAGGCGAGAUUGUGGCCAUCGUCUUUGGGCUGCUGCUGGGCGUGGGGCUGCUGCUCGGGACCCUGGUCUUCCGUUCCAGGAGACGUCAGCGGCGGCGGCGGCAACAGAGGCAGCUUGAACGUGUCCAUGACGGAGAGGACAAGCUGUGGCUGAAGCCUUACGUGGACCUCCAGGCCUAUGAGGACCCUGCCCAGGGAGCCCUGGAUUUCACCCAGGAGCUCGAUCCAGCCUGGCUGGCGGUGGACACUGUCAUAGGGGAAGGAGAGUUUGGGGAAGUGUAUCAAGGGACCCUGAGAAUCCCCAGCCAGGACUGCAAGACUGUGGCCAUUAAGACCUUGAAGGACACGUCUCCCGAUGGCCAGUGGUGGAACUUCCUUCGAGAGGCGACGAUCAUGGGCCAGUUUAACCACCCGCACAUUCUGCACCUGGAAGGCGUUGUCACAAAGAGAAAACCCAUCAUGAUCAUCACGGAAUUUAUGGAGAACGGAGCCCUGGAUGCCUUCCUGAGGGAGCAGGAGGACCAGCUGGUCCCUGGGCAGCUGGUGGCCAUGCUGCUGGGCAUUGCAUCUGGUAUGACCUACCUCAGUGACCAAAAUUAUGUCCACCGGGACCUGGCCGCCAGGAACAUCUUAGUGAGUCAGAAUCUGUGCUGCAAGGUGUCUGACUUUGGCCUUACCCGUCUCCUGGACAACUUCAAUGGUACCUACGAAACCCAGGGAGGCAAGAUCCCCAUCCGCUGGACAGCACCCGAAGCCAUCGCCCAUCGGAUCUUCACCACGGCCAGUGACGUGUGGAGCUUUGGGAUUGUGAUGUGGGAGGUGCUGAGCUUCGGGGACAAGCCCUAUGGGGAGAUGAGCAAUCAGGAGGUAAUGAAGAGCAUUGAGGAUGGGUACCGGCUGCCCCCUCCCGUGGACUGCCCUGCUGCUCUCUACGAACUAAUGAAGAACUGCUGGACCUACAACUAUGGCCACCGGCCCCCCUUCCACCAGCUGAAGACACAGCUGGAGCAGUUGCUGAACACCCCGCACAUCCUGCGGACCAUGGCCAACUUUGAUCCCAAGGUCACCCUUCGCCUGCCCAGCUUGAGUGGCUCCGACGGGAUCCCCUACCGAAGCGUCCCCGAGUGGCUGGAGUCCAUUCGCAUGAAACGCUACAUUCUGCACUUCCGCUCAGCCGGGCUGGACACCAUGGAGUGCGUGCUGGACCUGACAGUCGAGGAUCUGGUGCAGAUGGGGAUCACGCUGCCGGGACACCAGAAACGCAUUCUUUGCAGUAUUCAGGGGUUCAAGGACUGAGCCCUCCCCUCCCCAA